UCCGCCCCUCCUGCUCCGCCUCCGCCUCCUGGUCCUCGGCCGGGCGGGAGAGGGGCGGAGGGCCGUGCGCCUGCGCGGAGCCGGCAGUCCGGCAGGGCGGCAGCAGCGGGGUGGCCGGCGGGUGCCCUGGGCACCGCGGCCCCUCCCUCCUCCGGUCCCCCGCCUCACGCAGUCCCCCACCGAGACGCGGCAGACGACCCCGGCCCUGCCCUCUUGCAGGCCUGGCCCGAGCUGCAGCCCGUGACCUGGCAAGAGGCGGUGCCGCUCCCAAGAUGUCGCAGACGGCCAUGUCCGAGACCUACGAUUUUUUGUUUAAGUUCUUGGUCAUUGGAAAUGCAGGAACUGGCAAGUCUUGCUUACUUCAUCAGUUUAUUGAAAAAAAAUUCAAAGACGACUCAAAUCAUACAAUAGGAGUGGAAUUUGGUUCAAAGAUAAUAAAUGUUGGUGGUAAAUAUGUAAAGUUACAGAUAUGGGAUACAGCAGGCCAAGAACGAUUCAGGUCUGUGACAAGAAGCUAUUACAGAGGUGCCGCAGGGGCUCUCCUCGUCUAUGACAUCACCAGCCGAGAAACCUACAAUGCGCUUACUAAUUGGUUAACAGAUGCCAGAAUGCUAGCGAGUCAGAACAUUGUGAUCAUCCUCUGUGGGAACAAGAAGGACCUGGAUGCAGAUCGUGAAGUUACUUUCUUAGAAGCCUCCAGAUUUGCUCAAGAAAAUGAGCUGAUGUUUUUGGAAACAAGUGCACUAACAGGGGAGAAUGUAGAAGAGGCCUUUGUACAAUGUGCAAGAAAAAUACUUAACAAAAUUGAAUCAGGUGAGCUGGACCCAGAAAGAAUGGGCUCAGGUAUUCAGUAUGGAGAUGCUGCCUUGAGACAGUUGCGGUCGCCACGUCGCACGCAGGCCCCAAAUGCUCAGGAGUGUGGUUGUUAGAAGCAGCACAGGAGCACACAGGCCAGCGCCACUCAGCACCAAGAGGAAACGUCCCAGCCAGGAAGAGCUCCCCUCACCAGGAAAGGGGAGAGCAGGGCAGCGGCCAGCUUCCACCACCUUUUCAGUGCACCACACGAGGGACCUGCUUCGGUUUCACCCCAUCCAGAGACCAGCAAAGCUGAGACAUACAGAGACAGCUAGGAACAAGGAAGAAGAGCAGGGGCUCCCAGUAUCAGCCACAGAGUGGGAGUGACCACGGUUCCCGUUGAUCUGCUCAGCAGAGGACCACAGCAGCUUUGAGCACUGAAGAAAUCAGUGACCAGCACAGCUGCUGUGGACUCCCUGCAGAUUUCAACCAGUUUUUGCCCCACAGGUAUUCCCAUUCUCAGGUGCCAGCCAUCUGAGUCCCUCCUCAUUCCUCCCUGACCCUGGCAGAGCCCAGGAUCUGCACUUGCAGCCUGCCUAGUCCUCUGCAGCUACACAAGCGCAUGCCAGCCUAGACAACCCCCAGAGCUGACCCCCAUUGCCUCGUGCGCACUUGUGGCUAGCCCCUCAAGCUAUGCACGUGGAGGCUGCCAGCCUGACUCUCAUUUCCAGCCAGUCCCACAGCCGUGGAAGUGCACACUAACAGCCAAGGCCCCCAAACCUGCUUGUGGGCCCAGAUUAGGUCCCGUCUCCAAUCACUGGCCUGUGCCACUGGGCUGACUUGCAGCCUGCCCCGCCACCUGUGCACCUGCAUGUCCCCAGCCCUGUCCCCAUCACUAGCUUCCACUUUCAUGCAUGCACUUGUAGGGAGACUGCAGCCAUGGGAGAGCACACCAACAGCAAGGGCCCCACAGCUGCUCUGGGCCUGCAGUUGGCCUAGGCCCUUGUUGCUGGCCCUGGCCCCCACUACUAGGCAUGUGUCUGUGACCAGCCCCUGCCACUACACAGGCACUUGCAGCUGGUCUCCACAGACAAGUAUGUGCAUACCAUCAGCUUUGGCCACCACUGCUGCCUGCUGUGGUCUCUAGCCACUGGACCUGGAGGUGCCAUUGAGGACCCCAAUAGCCCUUGCAGCCACUGUGGACUGAUGAAACACCAUGCUCCUCCCAGACCUGGAGCCGCCACAUACCCCUGCACUUGGCACCCUGCAUUAUUAGUCCUGGGGUCACAGCAUGCCCCACCCACAGGUGAAGGUUUUUCCUUACCAAAGUCAGUCCAUGAAGUCUGGAAGUGGGGACUGCUGCUUCAAAUGCGCAGACACAAGGCAACAGGGAUCAUGAAGAAGCAGGGAAACAUGACAUCACCAAAGGAACACAGUAAACUUCCAGUAACUCCAAAGAAACGGAGAUACAGGAAUUGCCCGAUAAAAAAUUCAAAAUAAUUGUUCUAAAGAUGCUCAGAGAGCUAAAGAGAACACAAGCAAUUUAACAAAAUCAGGAAAACAAUACAAGAAGAAAAGAAGAAGCUCAACAGAGAAAAUAUAAAAAAGAACUAAGAUUUUGAAGCUGAAAAAAUACAAUGACUGAACUGAAGAAUUUGAUAGCCUCAGUAGCAGAGUGGAUUGAGCAGAAGAAAGAAUCAAAACAGAUCAUUUGAAAUUAUCCAGUCAGAAAAACAAAAAGAAAAAAGAAUGGAAAGGAAUGAUGAAAGCCUAUGGAAUGUGAGAUACUAUUAAGAGACAAUCUAUGAAUCAACGGAGUCCCAGAAAGAGAAGAGAGGAAAAAGCUUAUUGAAAAGAAAUAAUGGCUGAGAACUGUCCAAACCUGGGAAGACAUCUGGACAUCCAAGUUCAUGAAACUAAUAGGUCACUCCAAAAUUUUAAUCCAAAACUAUCUUCUCCAAGACACAUUAUAAUUACACUGUCUAAAGUCCUAUCUCCUAGAGCAGCCUGCUCCCUUUCUGAAUGUUGACUUCAGUACAUAGUUACCCAGUUGUCUUAUUUUACAUGCUAGGGGUAAGAGCUUUAAGGUUUAGGCUGCAGGUUUCAUUGUUUGGAUUAGUAUUUUUUGGAAGUUCUCCCCGUGUACUCUUAGUCGGUACCUCAGUACAGCCUGUGGGCAAGCAGGCGUCCAGACUGCUGUGUUCUGCAUCUUCACUGCUCUGUCCCUGUAAGAACAGAGCUUUAGGUUUAAGGGCUGUGAGAAGGGAUUGAGGAUGUAAUUGUUGGUAAACCUUUGCUCUGUGGGCUAGGCAUGCUCAGCUGUCUAAGUAUCGUAUCAUGUAUGAUGGGUCAUAAAUGCUUGGGGGUGAAAUGUGUCAGGUCUCUCAAUUCUGUUACUUAGACCCACUCUGCUACAGUUGACAAAUCCCCAUGUUGAAGCAGAAGCCAGAGCUGUAGUUAGAUCUUGAAAACUUAGUACCUGCCACCCUUUCAAAGGAGCAGUAGAGGAAUAGCAAACAAUAGUUUUCCUACUGUAAUUUUAAGAUUAAAUGAUUUCAUCUGAAACGUUUACAUUUUGUUUUCUAUUUGGGUGGUUUUAUGUGUUUUUACCUGAUCUUUCCACCUUCAGCCCUAUCUGAGCCUUGAGAACUAGACGUGGGCAUGGAGAAACCCAGUUGCCAAGUGCUCCUUCGUUGUUCACUGUGUCUCUGAUCAAAGUACAGGAUUUCAUGCCCACUUUUAUUUUCUUCUUUAAAAAAAAUUUUAUUGUAGAAAUUACUAAAAAGUUUUUAAUUUAAUAAGCUCUACAUUUUUAAUACUGUCAAUUGAAAUGUCUAUAAUCAUAAGACCUUGAAGGGGCAUAGCAUUUUUUACAACUUAAAAGUAUUCUCACAUUUCACAUCUGAUUUAGCCUUCAAAACCACCCUUUUCAGUGGUACAGAGCAGAUAUUAGGCCCAUCUCACCACUGGGGGCUGAAUUGCACCGCCUGAGGCUGGUCCCCCUACGAGGUGAGCAGCAGGCCCUGCACAGUUGGGCAAGGCACUGGGAUUUCUGUUGACCGGAAUCUUUUUUCUCUCAAAAUUUCUUAUGAAAAUUUUAAACCCACAUGUUUACUGGAAUUUUAAAAACUAUAAACAGUUCUCACUUUAACUGGUAAUAGUAUUUUCCAUUUUUAAAAUACCUUUAGUGCUGAACUGUUAGCAGUAGGGAAUAAAAGUUGAUUUCAUCACCAUGAAACCAUGUUUUGAGUUUUAACUAAAAAAACUUGCAAAUUUGAUAACUUACUUUUUUGUCCCUGCCUUCAGUAAAUUGAAAAUGUAAAUUUAAAGCACAUCACUGGAAAUGCAUGCUAACUGAUCUUCAGAAUGCUUGUCACAAUCUCCUUGUCCUUCGCGGUUAACGCUGUCCGGUACUGAAGUUGCGCGUGAGUUCAGUGUUUCUCUGUAAAGGUACGAACGUGCCUGUGAGGCCUGUGCUGAUGACUGUUGCCCUCCCCUCGGUGGGGAGGUUGUUCUCCACCUUACACACUGGAGUUUGCAUCCCUCGCUGGCAACAUUUAAUGUGUUUAUUGUGGCCACAUUCCUCUGCUGUAUGCCAAUAAACUGUUGACUCAGGCUAGCCCUUA